GAGGCAAACUCCAGAGACGCGAUAUCGACGCAUCCCACUCUCACACCAUCACAGGACAAUUUUAUCGGGCAUGCAUGGAGGGGUAACAAAGCUGGGGCGCUAGUGCGGGCUCUACCCCACGCUACAGGCGUGCUACGGUCUUGGCCACAGGCCGAUGAUGAUGGAAUUUACAAGAAUCUGCUGACUGAUCAUCUUUGCCGCUGCGCCUGCGGUUUGGCGACAGCGCCCUGCUUUUGCUUUUUACUCCCAGCAGAGCAUCAGCAUUAGUCUGCCAUGUUUUGUUUAGGUAGAGCUGCUAGGCACGCCACGUCACCGACGUGCCUGGUUUCUUCCUCAGCAUCCUCCUUCCUCGAAUCUCCAAUCCCAGCCCUUCCAUCGUGACAAGACCCAAGACCCAUAUAUUCAAACCGCGUACCACCGUCAUAAUGGCAGACCAGCCAGUCCAGCUUGACUGGUCAGCCUCUUUCGACGUCGGCCAUCCGUCGCGAUACGCCACCAAGGACCUUCAAGGCGACAAGAUCCUCCUCCCACAGUCUGCUCUUGAGCAACUCCUCGCCGCGUCGACAACGACUGGGCCGUCAAGUUCGCACACCUUUACUGCCUUCGACCCUUCCAACCCUUACUCUGUUGCUGCCGCGCAGCAAGAGCGCUCACUUUAUCGAGAGACCUUCCAACAACUGCCCCAUCCGCUGAUGUUCCACCUCGUCAACCGUCGCAACGGCAACGCUGUCUAUGCCGGCAUCCGAGAGUUUUCGGCGGAAGACGGCGAGGUGGCGCUCAGUCCAUACCUCCUGGAAGCUCUGGGGAUCCGAGAGGAGGAAUUGAAGACACAGAAGCCAAAGCAGGACGGAGAAGUGAUCGACCUGACUGCGGACGGCGACCACGACCACGACCACGACACAGCGCAGGACGGUGGAGUGAGCAUAACAGUCAAGGCGAGACAAUUGCCGAAGGGUACAUAUGUCCGGUUGCGGCCGCUCGAAGCAGGCUAUAACCCUGACGACUGGAAAUCGCUUCUCGAAAGGCAGCUACGCGCAAGUUAUACCACCCUCACCCGAGACUCCAUGCUCUCGGUCCGGGGCGUCAAGGGGGAGGAGUUCCGAUUCCUGGUGGACAAGUUCCAGCCCGAGGGAGACGGCAUUUGUGUCGUGGAUACCGACUUGGAAGUGGACAUCGAGGCGUUGAACGAGGAGCAGGCACGAGAAACCCUGCGCCAGAUCGCCUCCAGGAGUCAACGGGCUCCGGGCACUGCGGCUGGAAGCUCGGAGGGCCAUACGAUAGAUAUAUGGAAAGAUGUUGAAGGCCAGGUCCUCGAAGGUGAUUAUAUCGACUAUGACCUGCCAUCGUGGGAUCGGUCACGGCCCCUAAUCAUCGAGUUGUCGGGCAUUCAAGAGGGGGAGGAAAUUGAUCUGUUUGUCAGUCCUAAAUCCGCAAGGCAACGGGCCCUUCCCCGCGACUCGGAGCACGCAUUUGGAGAGUUCUCCUCGCCUCGGAGCGGCUCGAAAGACAUCAUCAUUCAGCCUACCAACGUUGAGCUGGAGGGAGCCGAGGGACUCUUGAUCUCCGUUCACGGAUACUCUCGCCCAGAUCUGUCUAGCAACCCGAAUCUCACCCCACGACGAUUCAAGCUUCGGGCAAAGGCUGCCGAUGCCGAAGGCUCUUCGGCAAGGCCAAUAGAGAUAGAGAGCUCUUCGCAACAUUCGCCGGAUGAUGAACAGUGCAAAAACUGUCUUCAAUGGGUACCCAAGCGGACCAUGAUCCUCCACGAGAACUUCUGCCUCCGCAACAACACCGUCUGUCCGCAGUGCAAGGAGGUCUUCCAGAAGUCUUCGCAAGAAUGGGCAGACCACUGGCACUGUCCAAGCCACCCCGAUGCGUACGGCUCCACGGCGCUGAGUAAGGCCAAGCACGAAUACGUCCAGCACACGCCGCACACCUGCCCCUCAUGCGGCCCCUCCUCCCCCUUCACCUUCCCGUCCCUCCCCGAGCUCGCCCGCCACCGCACCACUGUGUGCCCACACAAGAUCAUCCUCUGCCAGUUCUGCCACCUGGAGGUGCCGCAGGAGGGCGACCCGCUCGACCCGGCCUCGGAGGCCGAGACGGUCAUCUCGGGGCUGACAGCGCACGAGCGGGCCGACGGCGGCCGCACGACCGACUGCCACCUGUGCGGGGCCAUCGUGCGGCUGCGCGACACGGCGGCGCAUCUGGCGCACCACGAGCUGGACAAGGCGCGGCGGCCCCGGCCGGCCAUCUGCCGCAACGCGCUGUGCGGGCGCACGCUGCACGGCGUGGGGCCGCGUGGCCGGGUCGGGACGGCGACGCAGAUGGGUCAGGGCCCCGGGAACGACAUCGGCCUGUGCAGCCUGUGCUUCGGCCCGCUGUACGUCAGCAUGUACGACCCCGAGGGCCGGGCGCUGCGGAGGCGCGUCGAGAGGCGGUACCUCGGCCAGCUGAUGAGGGGGUGUCAGCGCGCCUACUGCCGGAACGAGUGGUGCCGCACCGGGAGGAAGAACCUGUCCCUGGACGAGCUCGAGCCCAGCGAGGCGGCCGUGCGGCCCAUCGUGCAGGCGCUGGACGUGCCGGGGGAGGCGAUGCACUGCUGCGUCGACGAGACGACGCAGAAGAGGAGGGGGCUGGCGGAGAUGCUGGCCGCUGAGGGGGUGUGGGAGGUGGAGUGGUGUGUCGCCGCGCUGGAGGCCGAGGGCGGCGACCUGGCGGAGGCGAGGGCUUGGUUGGCGGACUGGGCGCCCAGGAAGAGUGCGGCCUGAAAUCCCCAGUAUAUCCUCAACGCAAAUAUUUCACGUAGACAAGUUACGACCACAGCGAUGGCGAUAGCACGAUCCACCAUACACAUACAGGACAUACUCAUAGCGGAGCGGCGUAGAUGGAGAGAAUGUAUUUUGACUUGUUUACAUAAAACAGCGACGUGACCUAACACGAAUUGGUCAUCGCAAUCACCCAUCAGUCCUCAACCUGUCCAGUUCGUUGUCACAUUACC